GCAAACCCAGCGCCGGUGAGCGCGCCAUUGCGCACAUCAUGCGUUCAGGGCGAGGGCACAGAGUUUAUGUCCUCGUGCAAUACACGAGCCAAACGUUUCUUUAAUCGGUAUACUUGUCAUAAUAACGCAUGGUUGGAAUUUACGACACAUGGAACGGAUAACUCUCGGAUAAUGUUAAAAUGUGAUCUUGGCUUUUGCCCUAACUGCUCGGGGGGCAGCGAACAACGCGGAUGACAGGUUUUUUGACAGUGCUCCUUUUUUGUAUUCGUUUAUUGGAGCGCAGGACAAAGAAAAGUGUGCGAUGGAUCUGUCUCUUCUGGGGUUUCCAUUACUAUCAACACCAGUGUCUGAACAUUGAGCUCUGGAAUUGCUUCAUAAUAUUGAGCUGCCUGAGUGCCACCGCACAUUUGCCCAUUGCUGGUGCUGCUGAAACACACGGGAUGACAAUAGAUGACGUUAAAGAGCUUCAGUCGGAGUUGAAAAACUUGAAAAGUACCAUAGAAAAAUCAGAUGCCUGUUUGUAUGCUCCUACCAACGAUGACAUCUACAAUGACAACUGCAUCUUUAAGUUCAUGCACUGUUAUUUAUUGGAGUUGGAGGUUGUCCUGUUCGAGGACAUGUCGGUCACAGAUAACUACCAUGACCAAAUAAAAACAUCCAUCUACCAUCGGAAAAAGAAUUUGGAAGAACAUGAACGCCAAUAUAACAGUUCUAGAUGCUCACCGUGUGAGGCACAGAGAGUUGCCAACUCCACAAUAUUCCUCUACAACAUGGAGCGCCUUUUGGAGAGAAUAGGGGAAACUGUCAGUUGAAUAUAUUGUAAAUAUGUGUUUAAAUGGUUUUUCAUAAAUAAAGUAGCAAACAAUGUCA